AUGGAGCUCCCUGGCAAAAUCUACACGUUUGUAGGCGAGCUCGCUAAGGCUGGUAGCAUUCGAGAGUUUGUCACUAUCGGCGAAAAGGUACUUCUGAAAGACUUGUUAAAAGGUCUGAGUGGGACUGUAUUCGGUGAUGUGCCCUUGAUGAAGCCAGAAUUUAUAUAUAAAGAUGCAGACCCUAGCACCGGCAAGUUGGCGGGUAUGCAUUUUCAGGCCGAGAUCCUAUUCGAAGGCGCAUUAGAGGGUGUACAUGACACGCUCCAGAGAGUGUUUGGCGUGGAAAAGAAGGAGAAGGUGCCAUUGAGUAUUGGCGGAUUCGUGAGCGCGACCCGGGAAUGGACCAAACCAUUAUCACCAGAAGAAAUGGAGCUGAAGGGCGUUUUAGCGGGAGUACAGGCAAAGCUGGGGGAACUUAUAAAAUUUACGAGUAUUGGUGUGGAACUAACGGCGCUGAAGGGUACCGAGAAACUUGAUGAUUAUUCGAGAUAUAGGUGUAGGUACGGCUUUUUUGGAAUUGUUGAUUUAGAGAUUCCGGGUUCAGUUGUGCCAUUAGGGAUGGAGUAUUCAUUGCGGGAAGAGGUGGAAGGAGUUCACGUGUUGAGGCUGACGAGGAAGGAGGGGAGUGGGUGGAUCAACGUGGGAGGCUUUAAGGGUCUAAACCUUUCCUCUGUACAAUUAAUAGCAAAAUUUCCUGUAAAAGAGACUCUUAAAGAGUUAUCUUUUGAGACGGAAGCAGUAUUGCAAUUUCCAGGAGCUGACUUGAAGUUGAAGGGGAUAUACUCACCUGGCCAAUUCUAUCUUGAAGCCUCAGUCCCCAAUAUCUCCCUCACUACUAUUCGUCAAUUUUAUUCAGAUCUAACCGGCCGCACCCUUGAGCCUUUCAACCACGAUGUUCAAUUCAAUGACCUCAUAUUCCGCAUCUCCCCUGCCGCGAUCGCUUUUACCGGGAAAACCACAAUAGAUGGACACACGUCCCUCUCUGCAGCUCUUACAAUCCACCGUGAUGGCAUUUCAAUUACCGGCAGUGUUCUUGAUAUAAAUCUUGGCGAGAUCACCAUCGAGCAGGCAAACCUUGAUAUCUUUAUCGGUCGCACUGAACUAAAUACCACGAGUCGCGAGAGCGGUUUUGAAAUUAACGGAAAGGUGAAAGUGAGAGAUAUCACUGUGUCUGUGGGCCUUUAUACAGAGUUUGAGGAGGAACAGGAGGUGGUAUGGAGCGUUUAUGGAGAACUCGAGACAGAAAAGGAUUUUAGCUUGGCGAGGCUGGCGCCAGAGGUGAAGGGAUCAUUUUUAGAUCUGGGGUUAAAGAGAGUGGCGUUGGUUGCGUCGAAUAGAGAUGCUGUGAAUGGGGAGUUUAAUCUCUCGGGGUAUCCGAUCAGAAGAGGUGUCCAGUUUUGUGCGGUUAUUGACCGUCAUAUCGAGCAACUCAAUAACGUCUCUGGAGGAAGAGUUGAGGGCUUGAUACUGAGAGCAACUUAUUCUUCAAACAGUGGUUUUAGUUUUGGGAUUCUUAUGCCGGCCCCAGUAACUUUCUCACUCGGACCAAGUGUAACAUCCGGUCCGAUAUCGCUCGAGAUCGUGGCAUCAAAACUUCCACAGUUAAUGUUUACUGCACCGUUGAAUAUUAAAGUGGCAGGACAGAAGCAGCCUUUAGUUUUUACCUUUGGGCUCAAGGCCGAUGUGCUUUCUGCUUCAGGGUUUGGACAAAUGUCAAAUUAUUGGAUAAAUCCCUUUGGGCUCUUCAAUGAGAGAAUAAAGAUUGGCCCGGAUCUUGCCCUCGAAAUCGGAAUAAUAUAUGCCACUCUGGCUGCCACCGGAGCACCAAGUAAAAUAAUGUUUUCUGGCGGUCUCGCAAUCGGUACCACAGACCUCCAGCUCGCUAUGGCAAUAAACCAAAACCCGGCGGAGCAGCUGCUCAAAGCAACCCUCAGUACUUUCAGCCUUACUGAUCUAGUCACAUUUGCCUCCAAAAUAUCCCGUCAAGAUAUUCCACUUCCAUCCCCAGACCUCCUUGCAUUCCGUGAUUUGUCAUUUUAUAUAUCGACAGGUAUGAGCAUUGGUAAAACACAUUACCCCGCUGGCGCAUCGAUUACUGGUGAAAUGGAAAUAUUCAGUAAGGUUACGACUGUUGAGUGUACCAUCGGUACAACAACCAAGAUCAGUGCCUUGUUCGAUGAAGUGAAAUUAGGGCCGCUACUCCUAGGUGGUGUAGGAGACGAAAGACCACAAAUGACGAUUGAGAUUGGACUCGCGAAGCAACAUAUCUUGGUUGAUGGGCGGUUGAAGAUACUCGGCCUGAACACAAGUGUUCAGUCGGUGUUUGAUAUUUUGCCCAAUCCUGAUAUGAGAUUUGACAUUACUUUUGCGUUUGCAGAGGCAUUGAAUGUAGAGAUUAGUGCCAGAGUGCUAGGGGCCAGAGAUAUUGGUGGGUUGGCGGAGGCAGACUUUGUGGUGGAUGUGGUUUUAGAGCAGGAUGUGUUGAGAUAUGUCAAUACUCAUGCGAAAGCCCACUUCAGAGCGAUUCACAAGGUAUUGGAGGAGGGAACCGAGGCUGCUAGGAAGUUUUUCGAGGAAGAGAAGAAGAAGUUGGAUAUACAACUAGUCAGAGCCAAACAAACCCUCGAAGCAGCCAAAAUAGCUUGGAAGGUAAAGGAGAAGCAAAUUGAGGACGCAUUGGAAGAAAUUCUUGCCGAACUAGAGGAGGGGAGACUCGAGCUCCAAAAAGACCUGGAAAACGCACGUAAGGAGUUUGAGGCAGCUCUUUAUGAUGCAUAUCAGCAACUUGAACAGGCGAGGAUUGAUAGGGCCGCCUUUGUAGCUGGUGCAGCAAUCGAUUUAAUGCACGCGAGAAAGGAGUUUAGAGAUGCGAUUAGAAGUAUGUUGUUUGAUGUUAGAGCUACGAAAGAGGAGACGAAGUCCAGAUUUGGGGUUUUGUUGGAUGAUGUAGAGAAUGCAGAGACAGAGGUAAAAAAAGCACAAGAGACGCUAGAUGCAGCAGAGGUGGAACUUAAGGAGUCAAUAAAAGAACUCGAUGAGAGUCCGUUCUACAGCAGGAUCAGACUUAGUCUCGAGGUUGGCCACCGGAAAGCACACUUCUCAGACGCGCAAGAAACCCUUUUAUACGCUACUCAAAAGUUAGAGAGAGCCCAGAAGGCCUUACAAGGCUCAGAUUACCAAUCUGCGAUAGCUGUCAAGACUGAAAAGGUCAAGGAACUACAAUCCGCGAAACAAGCCGAAGAAGUGACCCUUAAGAAGAUUGAGACCAAAGCAGAGGCCAAGAGGAAUGUUUAUGACCAAAAGGUGGAGGUAUCUGAGAAAGCUAUCGCCGAUAAAACAGUGGCCAAACAGCAAAAGGAAGUUAUACGGAAAGCCGAAAUGAAGCUGAAGAAUUUUGAGGCAACAGCUCAAGCCAAGAUUGAAGCUCUCAAGAGCAAACAGGAGGCACUACCAGAAUCACCCGAACACAAGAGGUUUCAGUCAGCAGCAGAGAAGUUGAAGGUAGUUAAGAGUGUAUCAGAAAAGCUGGAAGUUUCAAAACAAGCGAUAAUAUUGAUUGAGGAAGAGGACCACCAGAGCCUUGCGAGAACUAUUGUGGGAAAACUCGACGAAAUAAUUAACAUACGCCGAAUUGAGCUUCAUGGAUCUUUGAAGGACCUGGUGGAAAAAGGGCAGCCAUUGAAGGCACGUGUACAGGGAAUUAUUGCAGGACGGGAGGUGGAUUUCACCAUUGGUUAUGGUAUUGGGCAGACUUUAGAGUUCUUGAGGGCUUUGCUGAAAAAGUUGUGGGAAGAGAUUAAGGAGGACCUUGCAAAUGGAUUCGGUUUUGGCGCCGGGAUGGUGAUUCAAGUGAGUGGAACGGAUACGGUAUAG